UGAGAGUAUGACACAGCUAGCAGGGAAAUAUGGAGAUGUGUACAGCCUGCGGAUGGGCCAGGAGUGGGUUGUGGUCUUAAAUGGGUAUGAGGUUUUGAAAGAAGCUCUUGUAAAUCAGGGAGACAGUGUGGCUGACCGCCCACCCCUCCCUAUGUUACAGGACAUAAGUGAAGAACUUGGUAUAGUGUUCAAUAGCGGGCACAUGUGGAAGCAGCAGAGGCGCUUUGCCCUUUCAACUCUCAGAUAUUUUGGAAUUGGAAAGAAGUCACUUGAACCUGUCAUCUUAGAUGAAUUCACUCAUUGUUCAACAGAAGUCCAAAGCUUUAAAGGUAAGCCCUUCGAUCCAAAACUCAUCAUUGGCAACGCUGUCUCCAACAUCAUCUGCUCCCUGGUUUUUGGGCAUCGAUUUGAGUACACUGAUGAGAAGUUCAGGAAACUGAUCAGCUGGUUUGAGAUAGCACUCCAGUUUCAAGCCUCAAUUUGGACACAGUUUUACAACUCGUUCCCUAAGCUGAUGAGAUGUUUGCCGGGGCCACAUCAGACAGUCCUGCGGGUGUGGAAAGAUGUGAAGGACUUCAUUAGAGGAGAGCUUAAGGAGCACAAAAACAAUUGGGACCCCUCGGACCCAAGAGACUUCAUUGAUUGCUACCUGAAGGAGAUCCAGGAGAGUAAAGGGCAAGCUGACAACACUUUUGAUGAGGAAAACCUGGUCAUUUCUGUGUUUGAUCUGUUUGUGGCCGGCUCUGAGACCACAUCCACCACCCUGCGCUGGGCUUUCCUUUACAUGGCCAAGUACCCAGAGAUCCAGGCAAAGGUCCAGGCUGACAUAAACAGAGUGAUUGGACAGUCCAGACAGCCGUCAAUGGAAGAUCGUGUAAACAUGCCCUAUACUGACGCUGUCCUCCACGAGGUCAUGAGAAUGAGCAACAUAGUACCUCUAAGCCUGCCUCAUAUGACCAACAAGAAUAUCCAGCUGGGAGGCUACACAAUCCCAAAGGGAACUACAAUAAUCCCAAAUUUGACCUCGGUGCUGUACGACAAGAAUGAGUGGGAGACCCCCUUCACCUUCAACCCAGGACACUUCCUGACUGAGGAGGGGAAGUUUGUGAAGCAAGCUGCCUUCAUGCCUUUCUCUGCAGGUAAGCGUGUAUGUCUUGGUGAGAACUUGGCAAGGAUGGAGCUUUUCCUCUUCUUCACCUCCUUCAUGCAGCGCUUCACCGUCUCCAUGCCUGCUGGGGUCAAGGCGAAGUUGGACUACCAAUUUGGUGUUACUAUGGCACCAUGUCCUUAUGAAAUCUGUGCAACAUUACGUUAAGAAAAGCUCAUCAACAUGAGUUCUGAUUAUGAAACUCUUCUUUCAGAUACUUUGAUUUCAUUAGUUACAACAGCCCAUGUUGUUUAGUGUUGCUAUCUCUUUUAUUUUGUAAAAUGAAUGUCUUAAGCACUCAGCAAUUAAGCCUGUCUUCAAGUUCAGAAUUCAGAUAACAAGCAACUACAUUAUACAA